AUGGAUCCAUCCAGUGGUCUGAUAAGGGUGGGAGGUCGUUUGCGGAGAACUGCAGGCAUCGAAGACUCCAUUUUGCAUCCUCUGGUUCUGGAUCCUAACCACCCCAUCACUGGUCUGAUUAUUCACCAUUAUGAUGACCAGUUACAUCAUCCUGGAUCGGAACGGUUGUUCGGGGAAAUCCGGAGAUACUAUUGGAUUCUCAGAGGCCGCGAAGCGGUCCGCCGGUUUCAACGUAACUGCCCAGAAUGUCAACGUUGGAGGGCCCAACCGUCAAUCCCUAAGAUGUCGGAUCUACCUGCUGCGCGCCUCCAGCUCUACAAACCUGCCUUCUAUUCUUGUGGAAUGGACUGUUUUGGCCCCCUGUUAGUCAAAAUUGGAAGACGUACAGAGAAACGCUGGGGUAUCCUCUUUAAAUGUCUGACCACCCGAGCCGUCCAUUUAGACCUACUCCCUAGCAUGAGUACCGACUCAUUCCUCAUGGCUUUAAGAAGGUUUGUUGCGAGGAGAGGAACGCCAGCAGAAAUAUGGUCAGAUAGAGGUACUAACUUCCGCGGGGGUGAAAGGGAGUUACGGGAAGCUUAUGCGGCUUUGGCUUCUGACAUACAGGGUCAUCUUGCCCGACAGAGGAUCCACUUCCGCUUUAAUCCUCCAUCGGCCCCCCAUUUUGGUGGAGUUUGGGAAAGGGAAGUGAGAUCGGUUAAGUCUGCCUUAUACACAGUUUUGAGUGCACAGUCAGUACCAGAGGAGGUUUUAAUGACGGUCUUGCUGGAAGUGGAGGCAAUCCUGAACUCAAAACCCUUAGGGUACGUGUCAUCAGAUGUGGCAGAUGCUGACCCAAUAACUCCAAAUAGUCUCCUCAUGGGGCGGCCCGAUGGGUCUCUGCCUCAAGUCAUUUAUCCCGAAUCAGAGAUGUUAAGUCGCCGGCACUGGAGACAUUCCCAGGUCCUAGCGGACCGAUUCUGGUCCAGGUUCAUACGGGACUACCUUCCUAGCCUCCAAACCCGGCAGAAAUGGCAAGAAUCUCCUCCCAACCUGAAGGAGCAGACAUUUGUUAUGAUUGUAGACCCCCAACUACCUCGAAGCUUAUGGCCUGUAGGACAAGUGAUCAAGACCCACCAAAGCUCAGAUGGUCAUAUCAGGUCAGCUGAUGUGUUGAUAAAGGGUCAAGUUUAUACCUGA